AUGUCAGUCAUCUAUUUGUCAGCAGCUGGGUAUCCAGCCUGCGAGAAGAACCCUGUGGCUUCAGGGUAUCCAGCCUGCGAGAAGAACCCUGUGGCUUCAGGGUAUCCAGCCUGGGAGAAGAGCCCUGUGGCUUCAGGGUAUCCAGCCUUGGAGAAGAGCCCUGUGGCUUCAGGGUAUCCAGCCUGGGAGAAGAGCCCUGUGGCUUCAGGGUAUCCAGCCUGGGAGAAGAGCCCUGUGGCUUCAGGGUAUUCAGCCUGCGAGAAGAGCCCUGUGGCUUCAGGGUAUUCAGCCUGUGAGAAGAGCCCUGUGGCUUCAGGGUAUCCAGCCUGGGAGAAGAGCCCCGUGGCUUCAGGGUAUCCAGCCUGUGAGAAGAGCUCUGUGGCUUCAGGGUAUCCAGCCUGGGAGAAGAGCCCUGUGGCUUCAGGGUAUACAGCCUUGGAGAAGAGCCCUGUGGCUUCAGGGUAUCCAGCCUGGGAGAAGAGCCCUGUGGCUUCAGGGUAUCCAGCCUUGGAGAAGAGCCCUGUGGCUUCAGGGUAUCCAGCCUGCGAGAAGAACCCUGUGGCUUCAGGGUAUCCAGCCUUGGAGAAGAGCCCUGUGGCUUCAGGGUAUACAGCCUUGGAGAAGAGCCCUGUGGCUUCAGGGUAUCCAACCUGGGAGAAGAGCCCUGUGGCUUCAGGGUAUCCAGCCUUGGAGAAGAGCCCUGUGGCUUCAGGGUAUCCAGCCUUGGAGAAGAGCCCUGUGGCUUCAGGGUAUUCAGCCUGGGAGAAGAGCCCUGUGGCUUCAGUGUAUUCAGCCUGGGAGAAUAGGAAAUGUGUGGACCUGGUCUCCAAGUAGGCUACACGUAGCUAGCUAUGUGUGUGGAAAACAUUUCACCACAGGAAAUACAUUUAACUUGUUUAGUGUCCUCCGUUUCCAUUCACUACUUGUAGCUGUGCAGUCCGUUUGUUUGUUGUUGGUAUUGGCUAGCUUAAUGUUCUGGGGCCUGUUGCACAAAAGUAGAAUUAAGACAUCCGGGAUAAAUGACUCAGCUGAGCUCAAUGAAGCCAAAACAUGUGCGUCCAGGCUUAAUUGGUUGCACAAAGACCAAGCCAGGAUGAGCAGACACGGAUUCAUUAAACCAGGUGAAACCAAUCCUGGAUAGGUGCGCGCUCACGGCUCACUCAAAUAGACCCCGCCACAGAUUAACUGAUUUACCAUGGCAACUAGAGCCGCGUACUUUUCCCCGUCGGAAGCACAAAUCCUCAUGGAGGCAUACGAGGAGGUAAAAUAUAUAAUUAAGAAGAAAGGCAACACCGCCACAGUGAUAACGCAAAGAGAAAAAGCGUGGCAAAGUAUUGCAGACCGCCUGAAUGCGUAAGUAGUGCACAAUUACACACUCACCGCUCCGCUGAAACAUCACAAUUACAAUUCAAAUAUUUAAUUCACAUCUCCAAAAACGCAGUUGUACUGUAAUUAUGAAACGGUUAAAUUUUUAAUUGAAAUGCACUGCAGAUAUGAGUGAAAUUGUGUAAAGUAAGUCCAUCACACUGUAUAAAGCUAUGAUAAAUUAUUAUUAAAGCCUUACAUUAUUAUUUAACGUUACUACGCUCAGUACGGUUUAAUCUUAGCCGUUGUACUCUGCUUCUUAUGUUGUCCACCGUUUUUUUGUGUUUCUCCUGCUUUCAUUAAUGUAAAGCUGCUUUGACAGAAUGAAACAAUUGUGAAAAGUGCUAUAUAAAUAAAAUUUAAUUGAAUAAAUAGAUGAGCUAUAAUAAUAAUCACUUUAAUUUAUAUAGCGCCUUUCAAAGGACCCAAGGUCGGUUGCUCACUGCACUGCAAAAAUGUCUUUCUUACUUAGUAUUUUUGUCUUGUUUUCAGUAAAAAAAAAUAUCUAAAAAACAUCUUGAAUAUUUUCUUGAGCAAAAUUACCUAGGAAAAUAAGCAAAAAAAUCUGCCAGUGAUGUGCAUUGAUUGGUGUAAUAUUCCUCAUCUUAUGAUUUCAGAUGGUCUGCAAUGCUGACUGUGUGAUCAGCAAUGUUGUGGCAAAAUGGCCUGGCUCAGUCCAUGACUCCAGAAUCUUUCGGGCCUCUGAAAUCUAUCAGUGCCUAUCACAAGGUGAAUUCUCUGGUGUGUUGCUGGGAGACAGGGGUAUGGCUGCCAGCCUUUUCUCCUGACACCUUUCACAGACCCCCAGGAAGCACAGCAGGCCUACAACCAUGCCCAUGCCAGGACCAGGGCCAGAGUUGAAAUGACCUUUGGCCUCCUGAAGGCACGCUUUCACUGCCUUCACAAAUUAAGGGUCAGCCCUGUUAGGGCAUGUGAUAUUACUGUGGCUUGUGCUGUCCUCCACAAUGUGGCCUGCCUGAGGAAGGAGAGGGCCCCCAGAGUGCCACCAGCCAUGGACUGGGACAAUCCGGCAAUCUUCCCUGAUGACGACAGUGAUCGGCUGCUGAGGGACCAAUAUGUGUUGAAUUAUUUUAGUUAGUAUGUGUGCUUUCAAUUUUGGUUAAAUAUGUCCUGCGGUGGCAGAGGAAUUUGGUUUUUUUUGGGUUCGUUUUUUUACGAAUUUGGCCUCUUAUGUUUGUGCGGUAUACUGUGUGUAAUACAAGGCUGCAGGGAGGCUACUGCAUCCAUUCAUUUGUCUGUUCAGUUGAUGUGUAUGGAUUUGUCCUGCAUUUAUUUUAGUGUGCAGACAUGCAGGGUGUGUUAUAUACAGACCUUUGAAUGUGUAUGUAUCAUUUUGUAUAAUAUGCUUGGAUUCUGUGCUUUCCAUCUUGUAGAGUCACUGUGACUUCAGUUUCGAAAGGAGCUGAUGGUUUACCUGCUUUGUUUUGUCCUUAUUCAAUAAAGGAACAUAAUGUUACACAUUGUGUUUUUAUAUUCAUAUGGAAUGUGUAUUUGUUUAUAUGAAAGAGUACUAGGGCCACACUGAAGAAAAAGGAUAAAGUCAUAAAUUUGAGGCUGGUUCUUUCUGCAGAAAAGCUACAUAUUGUUUUUACAGUUUUGAUACUUAUGACAAUGUGAUACUUAAUAUUCUGGCACAUCAGCAUGUCUUUGUUUAUGAAACCAUACUGAAGUACAAUUUCACGAAAUGCCCCGCAUCUGUCAUUUUAACAACUGUCCUCCUUUAAAACAACUGGUUACAAUAUUAUGACUUGUCUUUUUUUUCCCUCUGUGGCCCUAAUAUUCUAUCAUUUUAUAUAUAGUCUAUGGGAAACUGUAAAUUAUCUAAUGAUAGCAACAUCUAAAAAUCAUUUUUUAUCCAAAAUCAUUGAAAUUAAUGAUCACAAACGUUUAAAUAAUGACAGUGGGUCUAGUUAUAUGUGAUAACAAUGUAUAGUGAGCAGUGAAAUAACUAUUGGUUUCCAUUUGUGGUGACUUCUGACUGACAUUAGGGAUGAGAUUAAAUAGAUCCUGGAAUUUAGCCUGGUCUGGAGCAGGCUAGCUCCACAGAAUAAAUCUCCAUGGUAAUUUAUACCAUAACAUAUCCUCCUGCCCCCUAUCCAUCUUUAGUGCAACCGGAUUACGGAUCAAUUGAGCCAGGAUCACCAAGAUAUCCUGGCUUAAUCCCUUAUCCUAGUUUUGUGCAACAGGCCCCUGGUCCUGAAAAACAGCCUGUUUACUUUGGGAACGUUAUUUUUCCAAAAAUGAAAAUGCUGCCCCCUAGUUACAAGAAGUUAAGAACAAAGCCUUAUCAAAUCAAAUUUUAUUUGUCACAUAAACCUGGUUAGCAGAUGUUAAUGAGAGUGUAGCGAAAUGCUUGUGCUUCUAGUUCUGACCAUGUA